AUGCCGUUUAACCCAUCAGCGGGACGGCCUGGGUGGCCGGGAUGCCACUGUGUGCCCUGCCAGUCCACGGUGGAUCCUGAAGGGCAGGAGGACGGAGUGGUGGGGACGGAGUGUAGCAGACUGGGAGGGCACCACGCGUCUGGAGACAUGAACCUCUGCUGGAACGAAAUCAAACGCAAGUCCCUCAACAUCCGGGUGCGGCUUGAGGCGUUCUCAGACAACAGUGGGAAGCUGCAGCUCUCCCUGCAGGAGAUCAUAGAAUGGCUGACGGCCAAGGACGAGGAGCUGUCAGAGCAGCUGCCCAUAGGGGGUGACGUGGGGGCCGUCCAACAUCAGAGGGAGUUCCACCAGGUAUUCAUGGAGGAUGUCAAGUCUCGGGGGCCGUUCAUCUACUCUGUGCUGGAGUCUGCUCAGGCCUUCUUGGCACAGCACCCCUUCCAGGAGCCCGAGGAGACGCUGCCCGACGGAAAAGAAGUGUCUCCGAGGAAGCGGAUCCUGAACGUGAGUCGUUCAGUGUGGAAGCAGGCCAACGUGGCCAGUGACCUGUGGGAGAAGCUGACUGCCCGCUGCGUGGACCGACACAGGCACAUGGAGCGGACCCUGGAGCGCCUGCUGCAGACCCAGGCAGCCAUGGAGGAGCUGGCGGUGGCCCUAGAACAGGCUGAGGGGGUCCGGGAUGCAUGGGAGCCUGUAGGGGACCUCUUCAUCGACUCACUACAGGACCACAUCGAUGCCACCAAGUUGUUUAAGGAGGAGCUAACUCAGGUGAAGGAAGGCAUGAAGCACAUCAAUGACCUGGCUCAUGAGCUGGCCAUUUCUGACGUCCAUUUGUCCAUGGACAACGCCCACUCCCUGGAGCACCUCAACAGCCGCUGGAAACUACUGCUGGGCUCCAUGGAAGAGCGUCUGAAGCAGCUGCAGGAUGCCCAUAGAGACUUUGGUCCAGGAUCCCAGCACUUCCUCUCCAGUUCAGUGCAGAUACCCUGGGAACGCGCCAUCUCUCCAAACAAAGUGCCCUACUACAUCAACCAUCAGGGCCAGACGACAUGCUGGGAUCAUCCAAAAAUGACGGAGCUGUACCAGGCACUGGCGGAUCUAAACAACAUCAAGUUCUCAGCAUACCGGACGGCCAUGAAGCUGCGGCGGGUGCAGAAGGCUCUGAGAUUGGACCUGCUGACGCUGGUGAGUGUGGUGGACGUGUUCAGGGAGCAGGAUCUGCAGCAUGGGGAACAUGUGAUGGAUGUGGUGGAGAUGAUUCAUGCCCUGACUGGCCUGUAUGAGAGACUGGAGGAGGAGAGAAGGGCCAUCGUGGUCAACAUCCCUCUCUGUGUCGACAUGUGCCUCAACUGGCUGCUCAAUGUCUACGACAGUGGUCGCAAUGGAAAGAUGCGCGUCCUCUCCUUCAAGACGGGACUGGUGAGCCUGUGCAAUGCGGAUGUUCAGGAGAAGUAUAAAUACUUGUUCAGGCAGGUGUCUGGUCCAGGGGGUCUGACCGACCAGCGUCACCUAACUAUGCUGCUUUAUGAAGCCAUCCAGAUCCCGCGACAGCUGGGAGAGGUGGCCGCCUUCGGAGGGAGCAACGUGGAGCCCAGUGUACGCAGCUGCUUCCGCAUGGCCCCAGGUAAGCUAGCCAUCGAGGUAUCGCACUUCCUGGAGUGGAUGAGUCUGGAGCCUCAAUCUGUAGUGUGGCUGGCUGUUCUGCAGCGUGUGGCUGUGGCCGAGUCCGCCAAGCACCAGGCCAAGUGUUACAUCUGUAAACAGUGCCCCAUCAAGGGAUUCAGGUACCGCAGUCUUAAACAAUUCAACGUGGACAUCUGCCAGACGUGCUUCCUCACAGGACGCACCACCAAGGGAAAGAAGCUCCACUACCCCAUCAUGGAGUACUACACCCCAACCACCUCAGGAGAAAAGAUGCGGGACUUUGCCAAAACGCUGAAGAACAAGUUCCGGUCGAAGCAGUACUUUAGCAAGCACCCUCAGCGGGGCUACCUGCCUGUCCAGUCAGUGCUGGAGGCUGAGAACUCUGAGACGCCGUGCUCCUCUCCCAAGCUACCCCAUGCAGACACACACAGCAGAAUCGAGCACUUCGCUAGCAGGUUGGCGGAGAUGGAGAACCAGAAUUGUUCCUUCUUCACGGAUAGUCUGUCGCCUGAUGAGAGUCUGGAUGAAGAUCAGUACCUCCUGCGUCACUCCAGCCCCGGCACCCUGGACCAGGACUCCCCCAGCGGACAGCAGAUGCUGCUGAUCCACCUGGACUGUCAGGACAAGGACGAGCUGCAGAGAACGCUAGCCCGUCUGGAGAAUGAGAACCGGGUGCUGCAGGGGGAGUGGCGGCGACUGAAGUGGAGGCAUGAGGAGGCGGCGGCAGCACCCCAGCUGACGGAGGGGGGUGAGGGGUGUCCGGGAUCGCCCACGGGGGGCCAGCAGGACGAGGAGCUCCUGGCUGAGGCGAGGGUCCUUCGGCAGCACAAGACUCGCCUAGAGACACGAAUGCAGAUCCUGGAGGACCACAACAAACAGUUGGAGUCCCAGCUGCAGAGGCUACGAGAGUUAUUGCUGCAGCCCAAAGAUGACUCGGAGGCCAACGGUUCGGAACCUUCAUCCCUGUCAUCUCCGGUGUCAGGGGGAGGCCGUCAGGGGGACGGACCCAGUAGAGAGACCACAGACACAGAGGCCGCGGGAGAUGGAGAUGAGGAUCAUGAACAGGACACUGUGCAGCAGCUGCAGGAGGUCAUAGAGCAGCUGAGAAACGUCUUCCCUUCAGAACCUGGAGCAACGUCACUCAUCUAACCUAGGGCGGGGCCUGGAGUGCAGAGUGAUGCCUGAUGGGAUGCCUGAUGGCCCGUGCCCCAUAUAGCUGCCGUCAGAGAGCUGACCCCUCUCCCUCACCCCUGUGGGAGCCAAAGGCUAACGGCUAAUGCCAACGUCCAGGACCAGCCGCGCACUAUGCUAACAAGCUAAGGCUAAUGGAUAAUGUUAGCGGUGCAGCCAGACACUGUGUUAACCAGCUAAGGAAGCUAACGGCUAAUGUUAGCAGCCCAGCCAGGCAGAAACUGUGUUAGCUAUGGCUAACGCUAGCAGCCCAGCCAAGACACUGUGCUAACCAGCGUCUGUGUAGUUGCCCGGAGGUGUGAAGCCUUAUAUCUGUACAGCACAAGGACAUUCCACGAAAAUGACUUUGACACAAUGCAAAAACGGUUGGGGAUUUUCCCCAUGUUUUGUUCUGUCCGAGUGCCAGUAACUGUGUGCUCCUCUCAGUAUGUAUGUGUGUUUUCCUUAUUCCCCCCAAUGCGUUUCAAACUUCUCUUUUUUAUGGGGCGUUCAUGUGCAUCACUGUUGAUUUGGGCCAGGUUGGCUGCAUUUCAUGCGGCUGUGAUUGGGUGGCUGUGGCAGCCGUACCCCGAGCAGAACAGAGCAGAUUGCCGGGUAGCCAGCGGGACCCACAACAAGCUUAUUGACACUGUGGGACUGACACAUCAUCAGUAAAACCCAAUGAUUUAUUUAAGACAGCCAAAGUGCCCCCCAGGCCAGGCAGCCAUGCUUCUGUGCACUGUGAGUUUCACUGCUUCCAUCACAUGCAGCACACAGACACACGUACGCAUUGUUUCAGAUGAACGCUCAUUCUGUACUAACACACAUUCAUAUCACACAGGAAUACAAAAGACAGAUACACACACACACACACACACACACACACACACACACACACACACACAGCCACACAAACGCUUACACCCACGAGCAGUGGAGCGAGAUUGGCUGUGAAUAUGCCUCGUAGUGUUCAGAAAGAAGGUCUCGAGUCGAGGCUAAUUUGUAUCAUGGCUAAGUGUGUUUAUCUGAGAAAGCGUCUAGCAUUAAAUGCCGGGCCCUCCACUGUGGACUCUGGCUCCUCUCUCCCACUGUGCACAGAUGGGGAGGCAGGGUGCCCAAGCCCCACCCCCCACAUUAACCCAGCGGCCCAAUUCCAAAUCAACUCUUAGCCCUUUCUACAUGGCACAUCAUCUGAAAUGAUCAGAUAAGCAAUAUGCUAAUAACUUAAUUCCCUCUGCUGGGUGGAAGGCUCACCAUAUUUCUUCUAUAAACAUUUCAGGAGUACACAAAUGCCUAGGAUAGUAGGAGCUAGAGUCUGAUAUGGGGUUGGGCUACCAUCACACCAGGAUCAUGUGACAAUCCAGGCAGAGGACAGUCUAUUUGCCUUAAACCCAAACAGAGCCCGUCACGGUCUAAUACGUGUGUUUUCAUGCUGCUACCUGAAACAUUAUUGAGCAGAGCCCUGGCUCCCACUUUCCAGCUCUUCUUUUCUCUUUUUAUGCUUGUGGCCAGAUGUUAAAGUACUGGCUCAGUGUGUUCACUCAGCGUUUUCACAAUCAGAGGACAAGAUUGGAUCAGUGGGGUGUUGUGGGUGGAUGUGGAUUUCAUACAAGGUGAGAUUCAGUUUAGGGGUCUGGGGCCAUUUUGCAUUGUAUUUGUGGAUUUAGAGAGGCUUUAAGAGUAUGGAAAGGGAAGACGGUGGGAAUUCACAGCGCUAGAGCGGCCUAGC